UCAGCAACUCUAAAGUCCAAAAGACGAGAGAGGGAGAGAGGGAGAGAAAAGAUGAUCAUUCUUGUUCGUUGCUUCACAUGCGAGAAGGUGAUUGGUAACAAAUGGGACAUGUAUCUUAAUCUUCUCCAAGCCAAUUACACUGAAGGAGAUGCUCUUGAUGCAUUGGGCUUGGUCCGCUAUUGUUGCAUGCGGAUGCUCAUGACUCACGUCGACCUGAUUGAGAAGCUCCUCAAUUACAACACUCUGGAGAAAAGUGAGGCCUCAUAGAUGAAAUGGUGGCGCUUAUCGAUGUGAUCCUUAGCUCAUGUGACUUUGGUGGCCCACUGUAUAUGCGAAUACUAGAACUGAGAUUUUGACUGGUGAAGACAGGGAGCCUUUUGCAUCUGACCCUUGAUUUGAGUAUGAAUGCAAAGGAAAUUAGAAUGUCUUUUGUGGACC